CGAAAUUUCAUUCGAUUACGCUAUGUAAAAACCAGUAACCAUAUAAUAUUCGUCAUAGUUUUCUUGCAUGUAAAAAAGAUAAUUAAUUUGGAAAAAAUAAAGCCGGUUGGUUUGCUAAGGAUUUUCAUAAAAGUAUUUGCUGGAAUUAAUUGAGAAAAAUAAACUUCAAAAAUAAUAAAAUAUAAUGCUAAAUUUGGGAUUUGGUGGCGGCAUUAAUAUGCAGCAACGCUCUUGGGCGUUAUUGGCAAUUUUUCUUGUAAGCUGUUUUGUUGUUGUCACUAAAGUGCAGGGAUUGCAAGCAGAACCUGUUCAAAAGCAGCAGCAGCAUUCAUUAAUUGAAUUAAAUGAAGACAAUUGGCGUCAAAUGUUCAAAGGAGAAUGGAUGGUUGAGUUCUUUGCACCUUGGUGCCCCGCCUGUAAGAAUUUGGCUCCGGUAUGGGAACGUUUUGCAGCAUCAGCAUCAGAAAUAAAUGUUAAUGUCGCUAAAAUUGAUGUUACAACUUCGCCCUCACUAAGUGGUAGAUUUUAUGUAACUGCUUUACCAACAAUUUAUCAUGUUAAAGAUGGUGAAUUUCGACAAUAUCGUGGAUCUCGGGAUGGGGAUGCUUUAAUGUUUUUCAUUAGACAAAAGCAAUGGUCUAAGUUAGAACCAAUUUCAUCAUGGAAGAAACCAGAUACCAUACAUAUGUCUGUCUUGUCAUAUUUCUUCAAAUUGUCACACACUCUUAAGCUUAUUCAUCAUUCAUUUAAGGAUUUCAAUGGUCGACUACAAGAAGAGUAUGGCCUACCAACAUGGGGUUCAUAUGCUCUCUUUACCAUUGGAACUAUAUUUGUCGGAGCAGCGUUAGGCCUUAUGUUAGUGUGCGUCGUUGAUUUUGUGUAUCCUCCAAAGAAAAUGCAACGCCAGAGUUUUUCAGAAUCAAAAGAAAAUUCACGAAAUGAUAUUGAAGACAUUGCUAAUGACGAAAUAGAAGAUGACAGGCCACAAAAUGAUGAUGAAGAUGUCGAAGAUGAUGAUGAUGAGGCAAUAGAUGAAGAAGACGACGAUAAUGAAAAUGCUUCAACAGAAGAUGAAAAACAAACUCACAGUGAGUCCGAAGAACCAGAAAGUGAAAAAAAAUCAGAUAAGAAACAAACUGGCGAUAAAUCUAGUCCCAGUGAAGUUCGCAAGCGUAAACCACGUAAAGCUGAUUAAGCAUAUGAACUUCUUAACUUAAAAUGUUUGUUAAAAAUUGCAUUUUUUUGCGAGUACUCUGAAAAUACUUUAAAUGUUUUAAAACGCACAAAAUUGUAAACCGCUUGGUUUAUUUAUACAAACAAAAAAUAAGUUAUUUUCUUAUUAGUAUAUGAAGAAAGAAAAUGUAUUCAAAUAAUUUAUAUUUUGGUAUUAAAAAAUAACUAAAUAAAGACAAUUGUUUUUGCCUUAUAUAAAAACAAAAAUGGAAAUAUCCAUUAAUAAUCACAUUUCGAAUUA